AUGGUAAACUUCGUGUUAUCCUUCUGUAAAAUUACUGGGUCCAGUAAAAUUUUCAAAAGACAUUUUUAUUUGCCACUAUUAAAACCGCUCACACCCAAAGAGGCUCUAAGAACCCUUAGAAUCACUGGAAAAUGGCUUCUGGGUGCAAAAAUCCAACACUACAUUCCCGUGUUAAAAAAUCAUCGUGAAAAAAGGUCAAAAAAAUGUAAAGAUUAUGGCAGCAAAGUCCACGAACGCAUGGACGAUUUCACCUACAUGACCCCCGUUAUAGACCCGGAAAACGAAAGCCACAAGUUACUUCUGAAGGUGUUGGACACAAAAACAGGUACAGGCACUUUUGUUUACACAGUGGAAGAUAAAAAAUACAAUAUAGUAUUCCAAGCACAAUUCGAGGCUGCUAUAAGAGACCGUGAUAUAAUUGACAUAUUAGUUUCGCAGAAAAGCGAUAAAAUUAUUGUCAAGUUAAAAGACUGUAAGAAAAUCUCGAUGGAAAUACAAUACAAUGAGGGAGACGACGAGUUAUUUAACGGCGAAGGAGCCACCACACCUGAAGAAGAAAAAUUUCAUCACCACGGUAAAUACACCAUGAGUUUAGCAAAAGUUUUCGAAGACAAGGAAAUCAAAGAAGAAGAAUGGGAACAACAGCUCAAAAAAAUUAUGAGACGUCGCCGUAAGCAUAAAUUGGAGUGCACAAAGGCUUGGAAACAAAUGUUGAAAGAAAAUGUUAAAAAUUUGGACUGGAAAAAGUUCGAAGAAGAUGCCAAACAAGUAAUCGAUGAAAUUAACGAGCCAGCCAGCGAACAACCGAUACCGAUGGAAAUUGAUGAUUUAGAAAUCACAAAGAAUGUAAACGAAACAUUAUCUCAAAACAGUGAAUUAUUGAAUCAACUACCUACAAUAAAAGAUAUCACGGACGUCAUUAAAAACAUGGGGGCAGCUGAUUUACACGAAAUUGAAACCGGGGGUGAAGGUGAGCAAAAUAAAAAACGCGUUUCCGGUGUUAAAGUUAAGCUGACAAGUGGCAAAGAAUGUUUUAUAAGCGGCCAAAUGGUGCACACGGAAGAAGGGGAUGUUUUUGUGCCUGGACAAACCGUGGAAAAUGAAUUUGGAUCCGAAUAUGCACCAGGUAUAACUAUAAAUGUCGAUAAUAAGCCCACUUUGAUUAGCGGUUUAAUUAUGGGCGAAGAGCAGAGAGACCCGAUGUUUUUGCCCACACAAUCCACCAUAACGUCGGAUGGUCAAUUGACGUUUGCCUCGGCUCCGGAAGAAAGGCCGCCGGUGCAACCGGAAGAAAAACGUUUAAGAACGAAGUUGGAAAAACAGAAAAAAGAAAUCGAAAUGCAGAGGAGACAAGAGGAGAAAGAGGCGCUAAGAAUGCUGCAUAUCAUAAACCACUUCGCCGAAAAUAUUGAAAGCGACGAUGAGCCUGAUAUUGAAAACGAACAUACUGAAGUGCCAGUGGAAAUAAUACUGGAUAUUUCUGACGAAUCUGAUGGGUCACAAUCCGAUAGCGACGAUAAGGCUUCCAGUAUCGAAUUAAACAAUUCAGAAAUUGAGGAAUUAGACAUUGAGGCCAUAAAAUUGAAACAGGAACAACAACGACUCGAAAUGGAAAGAUUAAAACAAAUACUAAUGGACGACGGAAUGGACGACAUAAUUUCCAGUUUAGAAGAGAAAAAGGCAAGGCUUAAGUUAAAAUUGGAAGAAUUGCGGAAAUUAAACCUGAAUUGCGAAAGUAAUUUGAUAACUUAUGCAUACGAUCCCGAUGCAAUAGAAAUAGCGUCAAAAAUAACUCAGGAUAAAGAUGCUAUUAAUAGGGUCGGUGAAAUACUCUUAACAAUGACUAGGAGGUUAUCGACUUUGCGCGAUAAAAAUAGCAUACGCGCAGAUAACAUAAAUACCAACAUAGUUUCGGAGAAUGCAACAGAUAUAGAGCAAAAAUUCAACGGUUGCUCAAACAAGUUAAAAAUAUUAUUCAAAACUGCACUGGUGGCUGCCAAUGACGUUUACAAAAAUCGACCAAAAGAUCAGAUUCUCGCUUUAAAUGCUAUCGGGGAGAUAGUUACAGAUGCAUUAAAUGCGGACGAUACGGUUCUAAGAGAGCUUAUGAAUUUAAUGAACACCCCUUUGGAUCGCCAGGAGAUCUGCAAUACGGUUUUAAAAGAACUAUCGCAAGAUAUUAAAGAAACCAAAGUGUCCAUGCUUAAGACCAUAGCGAAUAAAUGCCUACAGCCAACGGAUCUUUAUGAUUAUUUAGCGAAAAUAUUCGAGUCUGAAAACAUUGUUUAUUCUUCGUUCGUAAAAAUAUCAAAAUUGGAUCCAGAACUAGUAAAAGUUUUAAUUGAAGAACUUAAAGUAAACAUAAAAGAGGCAACAACCGAGGAAUCUGCUGUGAGACUUUUACAAGAAUGCAUUAUAAACUCAGCUACAAUAAAUUUGGACAAAAAUAUACAGCAAUUCAUAAGCUCAACAAACGAGCACAAUUUGCUUGAAUUCAUGGAAGAGGCUUUGAGCUUUGCAAAAGCUUUAGAUUACGAGGACGUAGUGGACGAUUUAUCACGACCCAUGAAUUUGGAUACAUGCGACAAAAAAACAUACGAAAUGCUUAAAAGAAUGCUACUUAUCAGAAACUUGUCUGAAAGGGAUUAUUCGCUUAAAACUGCCAUUGGAAGGAUUAAGAAAAAUCCGGAAUGCGCUAAAUCUGAUCCUAGGAUACGACAGUUAGUAAGGGAGAGUGCUGUAUUGACAUCGAACUAUCCGCCCUUAAGAAACUCACGAGAUAUUCCUAUAGGAUUGAUGAAGAAACAGAAUUUGCUGGCGAUAGAAGAUUUUCUCAUGCAAAGGAUCAAAAUCGAGUACCCAGUUUUGAUAAGCCGAAACAGUUAUCAGGCUGUCAUACCGAAGGAAGCAGCCAGGGGUGUGUUGGCUGGAAGGGUUUCCUACGCGCUUAUCGACGAAAGUGGCAUAACAAACUUUAAGCCGAUGCAUAUGACAUCGGCAAUAAGCGUCAACAAAAAUCGCGAAAGACGUAUUGAUGACUACUUGAGUGCUCGCGGCCGCGAAAAAUCUGCCGAACCAACUGAUAACAGAACAUAUCUGCAGGCUAAAAAUAACGUAAGAAAACUAAAAAAAAUGUUCAAUAACAACCGUAGAAACGCUGCAUGA